AUGACGCAUGUGGUUGUGGCUAUAGUCUUGUGCGUUGUUGGAUUCCUAUGGCUGAAGUUCAGUCAAGGGAAGGAGAAACCACAGUCUGCUACGAGUGAGGAAACACGACAGAGCUCCAAGGACAAGGCAAAGAACAACAAGCAAGAAAAGCAAGAACCACCUGCUAAAACGAUAGACAAGAAAGUGAAGAAGGAAGAAAAGCACAAGCAAUGCAUCUUCGAGGUCAAGGGCCACAAGGACGGUAUGAACUGCUUCAUGUUCAGCUCGACAGGCAAGCUUGCAGCGUCUACCGGCGACGACAGGAGAGUCAUCAUCUGGGACGCAACAAAGGUACCUUUAGCGGGUGAUUGCUCCCAUGGCAAGCUUGUCUCCAAUUUACGAGAAUUUCGAUACCAGAACGUCAUUCCCGAGCUCGAUCAACCUGUUUCUGUUGCCUUCAGCCCAGAUGACAUGUACUUUGCUGUGGCAUACGCUACCAGCAAAGAGAUCAAGAUAUUUGCUGUCAAGGGGGUCAAGGAAGGAGCCAAGGUCUCCAUCAAGACCAACGUGGCAAAGUCCAUCACGGAGAUGCACUGGUCGUACAACGGGAAAUUUCUGGCGAUCUGCUCAACGGACGACAAGGAGAGCGUUAGACUGUUCAAGGCGUCCGGGGAGCCGCUGGGGGUGAUCAACCCUGGGGCCUUAGUGGUCUAUCACUGUGUCAUCUCUCCGGAUUCAAGAUUCGUCGCUGUGGCCUCGAUGCAGUGCGAUGUUAAGGUGUGGGAGGUCGGAGCCGACAAAGAAGGCUUCAGGCUCUUCGGAAAGGUGAUGGAGUUAACGGGGAGAAGCGGAGGAGGAGGGGCAACGGGUCACUCGGCUGCGGUGCAUGCUGUCGACUUUGGCGGGAGCUCUCCUGCUAUACUGGUUUGCGAGUCAACAAGGGCAGCAACGGUCUCCAAGGACGGCAAGUGCAAGAUCUGGAACAUCGACGUUCGAUACAAGAUGAAAGAGGACCCGAAAUGCUUGCUCACGAUUGAUGCGAUCGAUAGCAAAUCGAUCGAUCUUGUAGCGAUCGCCCCUGGUAAGGACAGCCCGAUAGUAGCAACAUGGAGCAAGACUGCCGGCCUCUGCUUCUACAAGCUCCCAACAGGAGAGCUUUUGUCCCAGAUUCACUUGGAGGAGACGGGGCAGGUCUUUCAGAUGAUCUGGAGUCCUGAUUCCCUCACGGACAAAACUGGCAAAGUUUACCAGCACGUCCUCUGUACAGUGUCCAAGGAUGGAAGGACUCGGGCGUGGGUACCCAACAGCGACUAG